GUCCCUCGAAGCGACAAGGUGUGUCCCCUUGGUGUCCCAACUUGUCAACAAAGCGUGGUAAAGGAUAUUACCCACAAACAACCGUAGGCUAGAGAAGACGAGAAAUAAUUUCACACCAACUUCAGAACAAACUUUUUGUUGUGUUCACUAGUAUACUUUUAAUGAGACAUUUGUUCGUGUUGUAUCUUUCGUUACACUCAUCAUCAUCGUCAGUUGAAACUGUUUUUUUAUUUUUCUUUCUAGAAUAGCCAACGACCAACGCCGAACUACAAACCUAUCCCAACAUUGUUGCUGUCCCCGGGGUUGUGCUCUCCAGCUGUAGCGGACUAUAGCGGUGCGCUCGUUACAAGGCUUGAAGAAUCCGACGUCUGUAAUUGUAGCCAAUGACUGUAGCCUUUCUCCCCAAUAAUACUACAGUAUCUGCCGGGUCAGUAUCUACCGGGUCAGUAUCUACCGGGUUAGUACCUACCGGGUCAGUAUCUGCCGGGUCAGUACCAGCCAGGUCAGUAUCUGCCGGGUCAGUACCUACCGGGGCAGUACCUACCGGGUCAGUACCUGCCGUCAGUACCUAACGGGUCAGUACCUGUCGUCAGUAUCUACCGGGUCAGCGGCACACGCUCUGCGGGCAGAGUGCUGACGGACUUGUCGCGCCACGAACGAAAUCCUGCCCGUAAUACAUAGUCUUGGAGGCCAGAGAUUCUGUGGCCAGCCAUGCCUGCACCCCCUCCUCCUCCUCCCCCUGCACCCCCCCCACCUCCACCACCCUGUACUGCUCACCCACCACAGUCUCGGACAGACCCUCCUAGUCUCCAGAGUGUUGGAGGAAGAGGAGGGAGGAACGCCUUGUUAGCAGACAUCCAGAAAGGAGCCAGGUUAAAGAAGGUUUUACAGGUCCAUGACCGUAGCGCACCAGUUGUCGACAAGCCCAGGGCCAGUGGUGGUCUGUCCCAGGACCAUCCCCAGGGAGGAUCAGGAGGAGGGGUGGAGGCUGUGAGGCCAUCUCUAAGGGGCUUGUUCUCUAGCGGGUUCCCCAUCCUCAGACCUGCUGGACAGAGAGCUUUCACAGGGAAGAACGUGGUUUCUAGCUCUAGCUCCUCAACGGGACUGAAGCCUCAGUGGAACCCUCCACCGACAUCGUCAGACAGUGGCCACACCUCCGAGCCCUACCAUAGGCCGACAGAGAGAGGAAGCCCUUCCCACCGCCCUGCCCACUCAGCCUCCGCCCCUCCCUCCCCCUCUCACAGCAAACCUCCCCCACCAUCACUCCUCCUCCCCCUCCUCCCUCAUUCCAUGAGCGCCCCAGCAGCAGGCCUCCCCCCAUCCCUACCGGUCCUCCCCCUCCUCCCCCUCCUCCCCCUACCCAAGUCACCAAGCCUACCUGGCUCCCCAUCCAGCAGCCUCACCCCUUACCCCAGCCCUCUACCCCUCCUCCCUCCACGCCCCCCUCCUCCCUCCCUAACCGGAACUCUGGUUUCUUCUACCCGCCUCCUCCCUCCCCCAUCCUUUCCUCCUCCCUCCCCCCUUCUCCCUCCCCCAUCCUCUCCUCCUCCCUUCCCCCUCCUCCUUCCCCUGUCCCCUCCCCUUCCUCUGAAUUGAGAUUCUCUAACUCUGGUCCCCACGGCCCUCCUCCUCCUCCUCCUCCUCCUCCACCCCUCCCUGCCUCAUUCACCCCCAGCUGCCCCUCCUCUCUGCCCCCUCCACCACCCAAGAUGCCCCCUGUGCCGUCCCCUGCCAUGCGACCCCCGGUGCCCCCACUGCCCCCCUCUUACCCCUGCACUGCACCCAGUCGACGACCACCAGCUGUGCCCAGGAGUGCAGGUGUGGGGAGGUCGUUGGCUUCUCCCCCCGCCCCACCGGCCCGUUCCCCGUCCACUGAGCUGACCAACCGAAUCCCUCCACCUCAUCCUCCUCCCCUUCCCCCGUCCUUAAUGAGGAAUGGACACAGUCCUCCUCCUCCUCCUCCUCCUCCUCCCCUCCCCCCGUCCUUAAUGAGGCAUGGACACAGCCUAAGCUUGCACAGCCUGGAUGACUUUGAGUCUAAAUUUCAGUUCCACCCAAUAGAAGACUUUCCCCCUCCAGAGGAGUUUUGGCCCUUUCCACGCAUCUACCCAAGCAGAGAGAACCAAGGAGUGAUCAGGACACAGCUAUGGUGAUGCAGUGAGACAACAUGGACCCCCCCCCCCCCCACACACACACAUCUAACAGCUGGCCCAACACAUCCUCUCCACCCCACAUUAUCCUCUUCCUCUGUCCCCAGGGGCCAUGCUCAUAGACGGAUAAUUGAGACUGUGUGUGUGGUAUGUGUGUGUGUGUGUGUGUGUGUGUGUGUGUGUGUGUGUGUGUGUGUGUGUGUGUGUGUGUGUGUGUGUGUGUGUGUGUGUGUGUGUGUGUGAGAUCUUGUGGCUAAUACAUUACUGUGUCACACCCAGUGCAGGAUAUGUGACCUCCAACUUUCUCCAGUGUGGAAUGUUUUGAAUGUGUGUCAGGAGAGUUGACCCAACAGUGUUCUCUCCCUCUCACUAUAUAUAUAUAUCUAUUGAUAAACUGGGUGGUACCAGCCCUGAAUGCUGAUUGGCUGACAGCCGUGAUAUAUCAUAGGUAUGACAAAACAUUUAUUUUACAUUGGUAACCAGUUUAUAAUAGCAAGAAGGCACCUCUGGGAUUUGCGGUAUAUGGACAAUAUACCACGACUAAGGGCGGUAUCCAGGCACUCCGCAUUGUGUCGUGCGAAGGAACAGACCUUAGCCGUGGUAUAUUGGUCAUAUUGGCCUUAUUGCUUAAAUAUAUACUGUAUA